AUGUGUCCGCCUCCCACAACCCCUGCCGCGCGGCGCUUCCUUCUGCCCAAGCGAUCGUCCGGCUCGCAGACGCCUGGCCCGCAGGCAUCUCAGUUCCAGUCAACCCCUCGGUUCGGGUCGUCCUCGGCGCCGCGGCCCGCGCAAGGGAGGGCGCAGGGCGUGGAGGACGUCGACGAGGACUCUGCGGGGGAGUCGCGGUCCGACCCGGCGACCGCAGACGAGGACGAGCCGGCGACGCAGCUGCAGCAGCACGUGGUCGACGACACCAUAGAGGCAGGGUCCGCGGGGGACGAGUCGCAGCACAGCCGGGGCUGGUGCGUCAGACCGCCAGCCCUGGCGGGGGAUGACAUAGAGGCUGUUUCCGAAGGCGAGCCGGCCGCGGAGGAGGCCGGGAGGAGCUGCUGCCCGCCGGACGGGAGGGGGGCGAAGCGCAGAAGGGUGCUGUCCAUCUCGCCGGACUCGAGUUGCAGCGCGGGGGGGGGGGACGACGGCCGCGCGCGGGGGGGCCCGGCGAGCAAGCGCGACGACUUGUGGGCGCCAGCAGAGGAGGACGGGCUCUCCGCCGCGGCGGAUCCGUCGUCGUUGUCGUCGUCGUCGCCGGCGGCGGCCGCGCCGAGCAGCUGGCCCGGCGACUCGCCCCUGCUGUCCAAGCAGCAUCAGCCGGUGUUUGUCCCCGCGCCGCGCUUCAAGCCAGCCGAGGAGGCGGACGAGGCCGUGCCGGACAUGCCGCCGCUGGCGUUUUCCCCUCCGCCCCGCGGAAGCGCCAAGUACCUGCCCGGCGGCCUGGCCGCCCACCUCCAAGGCUGGCUGUCCGAAGUCCGCGGCUGGGAGGACGACGGCCGGCGGCGGGGGGGUGCCGCCAGCGUCGCUGUCGAGGAGGUCAGCCCCGGCCGACACAUGUACCUGGUGGGGGGCAGGGGGGUCGAGUCCCGCGAGGCCGGGAGCUACGUGCUGGCAGGGGAGGGCGGCAAGUUGCCGGGCCUGGCGGGGAGAGCAGCGGUGACGGCGGGCAGCGUGGUGCUGCUGGGAGAGCCGGUCUGGGAGGUGGAUUUGGAGGGCAGGCGAUGGACCGUGGCGUGCAACUGGAGCGUCGUGUCGUGA